AUGCCUGACAUUAAAAUAACACCAUUAGGUGCCGGGCAAGAUGUUGGCAGGAGUUGCAUUUUGUUAUCGAUGGGUGGUAAAAAUAUAAUGCUGGAUUGCGGAAUGCAUAUGGGUUAUAACGAUGAAAGGCGCUUUCCGGAUUUUUCCUAUAUAGUUCCAGAAGGUCCAAUAACCAGCCACAUAGAUUGUGUUAUUAUAUCACAUUUUCAUUUAGAUCAUUGUGGGGCUUUACCCUAUAUGUCUGAAAUGGUAGGUUAUACUGGUCCUAUUUACAUGACACAUCCCACCAAAGCCAUCGCUCACAUAUUAUUAGAAGAUAUGAGAAAAGUAGCAGUUGAGCGUAAAGGAGAAUCAAAUUUUUUUACAAAUCAAAUGAUAAAAGAUUGUAUGAAAAAAGUUACCGCUGUCACCCUGCAUCAAUCUGUCAUGGUUGAUAGUGAAUUGGAAAUUAAAGCUUAUUAUGCAGGACACGUUUUGGGUGCUGCAAUGUUUCAUAUUAAGGUAGGAUCACAAUCUGUAGUUUAUACAGGAGAUUAUAACAUGACACCUGAUCGUCAUUUGGGUGCUGCUUGGAUUGAUAAAUGUAGACCAGAUCUAUUAAUUACAGAAUCAACUUAUGCCACAACGAUACGUGACUCUAAACGAUGCAGGGAACGUGAUUUUUUGAAGAAAGUACAUGAAUGUGUAGACAAAGGAGGGAAAGUUCUCAUACCAGUUUUUGCAUUAGGCAGAGCACAAGAAUUAUGUAUUCUAUUAGAAACUUACUGGGAACGAAUGAACUUGAAAAGCCCAAUAUAUUUUGCAGGAGGGCUAACAGAGAAAGCAAAUAAUUAUUACAAAAUGUUCAUAACAUGGACAAAUCAAAAAAUAAGGAAGACUUUUGUACAAAGAAAUAUGUUUGAUUUUAAACAUAUAAAACCAUUUGAUAAAUCAUAUAUUGAUAAUCCUGGAGCAAUGGUGGUUUUUGCUACUCCAGGAAUGUUACAUGCUGGACUCUCAUUGCAAAUAUUUAAGAAAUGGGCACCUUUUGAGAACAAUAUGAUUAUAAUGCCUGGAUAUUGUGUUCAAGGAACUGUUGGCCACAAAAUUUUAAAUGGAGAAAAAACUGUUGAAUUUGAAAAUCGACAAGUUGUAGAAGUGAAAAUGGCAGUUGAGUAUAUGUCUUUCUCCGCUCAUGCAGAUGCCAAAGGAAUUAUGCAACUGAUACAAUACUGUGAACCAAAGAAUGUACUUUUAGUACAUGGAGAAGCAAUAAGAAUGGAAUUUCUGAAGGAAAAAAUUAAGAAAGAAUUUGGAAUUGAAUGUUAUAAUCCUGCUAAUGGUGAAACUUGUGUUAUAUCAACACCUGUAAAAAUACCAAUAGAUGUAUCACUACCAUUGCUUAAAGCCGAAGCUAAAAGAUACAGUGCACAACCUCCUGAUCCCAAACGUAGGCGCCUUAUUCAUGGAGUUCUUAUUAUGAAGGAAGGCAAACUUUCCCUGCUUGAUAUAGAUGAAGCUUGUCAAGAAAUUGGAAUAAAUAGACAUAUUGUCCGCUUUACCUGUACAGUUAGGCUAGAAGAUCCUGGACCUAUAAAUCAAACAACUGACAAAUUGUAUAAAUUAGUUAAAGACAGACUUACUGCAUGGACUGUACAAAUGUCAGAAAAUACAAUUUCCUGUGAGACUGUUUUGAUAAAGGUAGAAGGAGGUGAUGAAGCAUUAAAGAAUGUCUAUGUAUCCUGGACGAAUCAAGAUGAUGAUUUAGGAAGUUACAUUUUGAGAUUACUUCAAACAAUGGGAGAAUAAAUGAAUUGCUAUGCUUGAUUUCAGGCCAACCAUGAAUGCGAGUUUCAUAUCCUUUGCCUCACAAUAGUGAAUGGCCCAACCAAGUAUUCUGCGGUCAAAUCCACAUGAAAAAAAGUUGCAGGGGUUUGACAUAUCAUCAGACCAACAUACAGAAGAUACCAUACGUCUAUGCCCCUAUGAAUAAAAUUAUAAUCACG